AAUAGCUGAGCCCGAUGGCAAAGGCCAGAAAGGCCCCGACCAGGACAGCCCGGGGAAGCAGCAUGGUCCAGACGGCGCUAUGGGGGCGGAAAGGGUGACGGCCCGAGAGCUGUGUGAGAACGACGACCUGGCCACCAGCCUCGUUCUGGACCCCUACCUGGGUUUCCGGACCCACAAGAUGAAUGUCAGCCCGGUGCCGGCCCUGCGGCGGCAGCAUCAUCUGCGCACGGCGCUGGAGGCAUUUCGGAAGCAGCGGGACCUGGAAGCGGCAUACCGUGCCCUGACCCUCGGCGGCUGGAGGGCCCACUACUUCCAGAGCCGGAGGCGGCAGCAGGAGGCCUCCCUCAAGGCUCACAUCUACCGCUACCUCCGCGCCUUCCUGCCCGAGAGUGGGUUCACCAUUCUUCCGUGCACCCGCUAUUCUCUGGAAACCAACGGGGCCAAGGUGGUCUCCACCCGAGCCUGGAAGAAGCACGAGAAGCUGGAACUGCUGGUGGGCUGCAUCGCGGAGCUGCGGGAGGCCGACGAGGAGCUUCUGCGGGCCGGAGAGAACGACUUCAGCGUCAUGUACUCCACCCGCAAGCGCAGCACUCGCCUCUGGCUGGGCCCCGCUGCCUUCAUCAAUCACGACUGUAGGCCCAAUUGUAAGUUCGUGCCCUCGGACGGAAACGCCGCCUGCGUCAAGGUUCUGCGAGACAUCGAGCCCGGCGAGGAGGUGACGUGUUUCUACAGUGACAGCUUCUUCGGGGAGCAGAACGAGCUGUGCGAGUGCUUCACCUGUGAGAGGAAGGGGGAAGGGGCUUUCCGGCCGCAGGAGAAGGCCCCGCCGGCGGCGGCCCCGACCCCCCCGGAGAAGUAUCAGCUGCGGGAGACCGAGCGGCGGCUGCGGAGGAACCGGCCGGGCAGGACGGGGCCCGGGGGAAAAGCCUGGGGCUGCCACUACCCCUUGCAUCGGGACCUGCUCUGUGCCGCCUGCCACCCGCUCCGGGUCCCGCCCCCCGGCCGCCCCGCUCCCGCCCUGUGGCUCCAGUGGCUGCCCCGGCCUCGGCCGUCCCCGCGCCCCCGCCGCCGCCCGGCCCGCCGGCCCGCCGCCGGUCCUCGCCUGCCUUCCCUGCGGCCCCUGACGGUGGCCCUCCAUCCCUGGGGGGGCUGCGGGCCUCGUUGCCGCCUGCGGGGCGAGCCGGUCAUAGCCCUGGCCCGGGCCCUGCCCCGCCGCCUCCCGGCGGCGCCGGUGCCCCCCGGCCAGGACUGGCACUGGGCCCGGCGGUACGGGCUCCCCCGCGUAGUACGGGUGGACCUGAGCGGGGCCGCCCCCCGUCCCCGGCUGCCUUCCGCCCCUCCGAAACGGACUGUGGCCUUCGCCCCCUUUUCCCCAUCCAAGCGGCUCCGCCUGGUCCUCAGCGAUGGGGCCCUGGCCCUCACACCGACCGAGGAGACCCACUGAGCCCGGGGGGAGAGGGGCCCCUGCCCCGACUCGCUCUCUUCCCCAAGACCCUCCCCAUCCUCAGAUCAGCAGGGAAUUCACUGGGGAAGGUCAGGGGGUGCAGGGGAGGGGGGCUUGCCAAUUUCAGAGACGUCCCCCCCCCCAGUCCAGCCUCCUAGCUCUACCCCCGAGACCUCCACCUCCAGUCCCCUCAGGGACCCAGGUGUCCUGCUCCCUCAAACCAGCGGGGAGCUGACAGCCCCCCUUUCCCCACCACACCACUCUUGCCUCAGCCCCUCGCGGGCGCAAAGCCAUAAGUGCGGAGGGGGUGUGAAGAGACCAAGCUCACCUGGCUCCUUCCCCCCCCACACACCCCCCAACCCCGUAUCUGUGACUGUUUUGGGUGGGACUUGAAGAGGCCCGGGGUUCCCCCAAAAUGCAGGAUUGGGGGGUUCAUGGGCACCCUCAGGAUCGCAGACAGAAAGCGUGCGUGUUUAUGGGGAUGACGACUGGGGCUAGGGUGGCUUGUUUUUCUACUCUUUGCAGUACGUUGGAGUGAGUGCAAACGUGUGAGUGUGUAAACGUGUGAGUGUGUAUCUCCCUCCUUGGGUCAGAGGGGCAGGGCCCCAGCCCCAUCCCCGCUGCGCCUUGGUUUCCCCCCCCGCCCCGGGUCACUGGUGCUAAACGGGAGGUGGCCGGGGGAGGAGGGGACAACAGGGAGUUUGAAAUCCUUUUUUUAUAAAGUUCCCUUUGGCCUGAA